CCUCACAUCCUUAGAGGGUCACAGGGAUUCACGGCUCAGUUAAGGGACGAUGGGAACAGGGUGGGGAAUGAAAGGAAAAGUAAUUACUUGUGGUGUGUAUAGUUAACAGUCAGCGCUGGCUUAUGCUCUAAGAGAAAACUAACAUUUCUCACAAUUUAGGCAUACCUAACCGUACUGUACACCAUUUCUCACCGAAGUAAGCCAGGACGGUGGAAUUCCCGCUUAUUAUAUCUUAUUCUUACACUGACUGAAAUUAAAAAAAAGGAAUCACUAGUUGCGUGGAGUUUCGAUUAGAUGAUUAGGUCCCAAACAUGUGGUCAAACGUCGGAAUUUUGGCGAGGGUGCUGUCGCGCGGCACGGCUUGGCACGUGCCGGUAGUAGUGCUGUCUCGAGGCUGGAAGAGGGUUCCGGGCGCGCGCCGCUUGCGCGUCGCACCCCGGACCUGCGUCCCGUGCAGAGCAUCUCAGAGCACAGCAGGUCAUAACAGUUUCUCAGUGAGGAGUCACACAUGUGGGGAGCUUCGCUCCACUCAUGUUGGAGAAGUGGUUACACUUUGUGGAUGGAUUCAGUAUCAAAGACAUGGUAUGUUUAUUAUCCUGAGAGACUUCAGUGGACUCAUCCAAGUACUAAUCCCUGAAGAUGAGUCCAGAGCCAAACUGAAAGAAUUUUGUGAUGUUCCUGUGGAGUCCGUCGUCAAGGUGAUGGGAAAAGUGAGACGUCGUCCAGCGGGCCAGGAGAAUAUGAACAUGCCCACCGGUGAAAUUGAGGUUUGUGCUGAGACUGUGGAGGUGUUGAACGUCUGCCAAAAACUUCCUUUUGAAAUUAAAGACUUUGUAAAGAAGACAGAAUCCCUCCGGAUGCAGUACAGAUACCUGGACCUCAGGUCUUCUCAAAUGCAGUACAAUCUGCGACUGAGGUCUCGGUUAGUUAUGAAGAUGAGGGAUUACCUGUGCAAUAAACACGGAUUUGUAGAUGUUGAAACACCAACCUUAUUCAAAAGGACUCCAGGGGGUGCAAAGGAGUUUCUGGUACCUUCAAGAGAUCCCGGUCGAUUCUACUCCCUGCCCCAGAGCCCUCAGCAAUUUAAACAACUGCUCAUGGUGGCUGGCAUCGACAGGUACUUUCAGAUAGCCCGGUGCUACAGAGAUGAAAGCUCCAAGCCUGACAGGCAGCCGGAAUUCACACAAGUCGAUAUAGAGAUGUCUUUUGUGGACCAAGCUGGUAUCCAGGCCCUGAUUGAGGGCCUUGUUCAGCACAUGUGGCCUGAUGAGAAGGGGUCUGUCAGUACUCCAUUCCCCUCCAUGACCUACGAGGAAGCCAUGCGGGACUUUGGAGUAGACAAACCAGACACUCGAUUUGGGAUGAAGCUGGUGAAUGUGAGUGAGGUGUUUGACAGCACAGAUGUGCCGUUCCUGAGGGACACUUUUCGCCAGCCAGGAGGCUGUGUCCAAGCCAUCUGCGUGGUGAACGGAGCAAAACAUUUGAAAAGCAAGGAUUUGGAAUCCAUAAAACAAGUUGCCUUGGUCCAUUUUCAGCAGGAAGUCAGUGUGGUGGUGGUAAAAACAGAUGGCACAUGGAAGUCUCCCCUCGGCAAAAUGCUUCCUGAAUCUGUCAAGCAGAGUGUCCAUCAGAUGACCAUGGCUCAGCCUGGGGACCUGUUGAUACUGGCUGCUGGGCAACAGGAUGUCGUGCGGCCCCUGCUCGGGAAACUGCGGCUAUACUGUGCCGAGCUACUGGAAGAGAAGGGUGUUGCUUUGAGGGACCCCACUGCCUUCCACUUCCUUUGGGUCGUGGACUUCCCACUCUUUCUGCCCAAGAAAGAAGAGCCUGGUGAGCUAGAGUCGGCCCACCACCCGUUCACAGCUCCGCAUCCUGAGGACGCUGACCGCCUCUUCUCUGAGCCGCACAAGGUACGAAGUCAGCAUUUUGACUUGGUCCUGAAUGGUUGCGAGAUCGGUGGGGGAUCGGUUCGCAUUCACAAUGCUUCCGUUCAGAAGUUUGUUCUGGAGAAAGUCCUGAAGGAGGACUCGUCUCUCCUUUCUCACUUGUUGGAGGCGCUUGCCUCUGGGGCUCCACCUCAUGGAGGAAUCGCCUUGGGGUUAGACAGAUUGUUGUCCAUAAUUGUUGGGGCUUCCAGCAUCAGGGAUGUGAUCGCCUUCCCCAAGUCCUUCCGUGGACACGACCUCAUGAGCGGUGCUCCCAGCUUUGUCUCCAAGGAAGAACUUCGACCCUAUCACAUCGACGUGAAGUGGCCUGCGGCGGUUGAAGGGACCGAACAGUAGUAUCCAGAUGACUCAGAGGCUGCUCCAGGGCUCUGCUGCACUCCCAGCUGACCUUAGAACAAAAGCCCUCAAGCAUAUUUAAUAAAGUGGGCUUCUUCCACAUAUCGGAACGAGUUAAUGAAAUUAUAAUUCCUGCUUGAAGCCCACAGAAGCAGGGUUCAAGCUGCACUACCAAAGUGCGCUUCAAUAUCUGAUGUCAAAAAUCUCUGCCACUGAGAAUAUAAUUAGGAAUAAACAGUAAUAAAGAAGGAUUUUACAUCAACAGGGUAGAUGUGAAUAUGUGUGUGAAAAGCAUUGAACUUUCCACUAGAUGGCAAUGUCACACCUUCCACACCCCUUCAGCCUGUGUGUUCUUCUUGCAGGCAGGAUUAAGUGUAACCAUAACUGUCAGAUACACGAAGUCUUGAAUAUAUUAUUGAUUAUGCUACCAUUUUAAAGUAUAGAAGUUGAUGGAGACGGCCCCUGUGAGUUUUGUUCUUUUGGUUUUUUAGGAGCAGAAAAACUGAGCUGUAAAAAACAUUUCUCAGGGACAUCCUUCAUUGUUUAUAGAGACUGGUUUACUGUGUUAUUGAUGCAUCUGCAUAAGUUUUAACAUUUAACAUUGUGGGAUGUAGGUUUUAAAAAUUCAUAACUUUGCUUAAGUACCACAAAAUUGAAUGAAUGAUUACAUGCAUAACUGUCUUAAUACAGAACCCUAGGUUUCUCAAAGUUCCAGCCUCUUCUCUGCAUACCAGUACUUUCCAUCAAGGCUGCA